GCGUUCCGUGGGGCUACUGGCUGAAAAAACCCUCUAGAAAUACCCAACCUCCCACGAACCAAAAUCCUCUCUCUGACAAAUCACUCACAUCUCUCUCUUCGGAGCUGCGAAGAUAGAGUCAUCCGAUCGGAAGCGGAAGAAGCCACCACCGUCGAUCUCCGCCGCAGAUCGGACGAAGAGCAAGGAGAGAGGCUCUUCCUCAUCGGCGAAGAAGAAGACGAAGAUGUCGUCGUCGUCGUCGGGAAACAACCAGGUUAGGGCUUCUCACAUACUCAUCAAGCACCAGGGCUCCAGGAGGAAGGCCUCGUGGAAGGAUCCCGAAGGCCGCGUCAUCUCCAACACCACUCGCGACGCCGCCGUCUCCCAGCUCAAGUCCCUCCGCGAUGAUAUUGUCUCCGGCAAGGCCAAGUUCGACGCCGUCGCCUCCCGCUACUCCGAUUGCAGCUCCGCUAAGCGCGGCGGCGAUCUUGGUCCUUUUGGCCGUGGCCAGAUGCAGAAGCCUUUCGAAGAGGCAACAUAUGCUCUUAAGGUUGGUGAGAUAAGUGACAUUGUGGAUACUGAUAGUGGGGUCCACAUCAUUAUGAGAACUGCUUGACUCUUUAGAUGGGAACCAAGUUCAGGAUAUUCUUAAAUGCGCAAGAUCUAUAACUGCUGGUGGACAAUGCCUACGACACUUCUUUUUUCUCAAGUGGUCUUGACUUGUUGGUUUUUAUGUGGUACCAAAAAAAGUGGAUCAAAAUACUGAUUCUGAUGACAAUUGAUUUCUUGAAUACUAUAUUGCUAUUGUUUUUGUUUGGGAUGGUUGAGUGCCAAUGAGAAGAACUUUUGGUUUUUUAAUCUCUCAGAAACAUGUUUUCGUGUCAUUUGACUCUGAUAAAUCAUGACCUUUUCUUUA